AUGGCUACGCAAUCAUCAUCUGUUAUGACAUCAGCUACUGAUACAGCAGUUGCUGUCGCAACCCCUGUGACAGCCCCUGUAGUCGUAACCCCUGUGGUAGCACCUGCAAUUGCAGCCCCUUUGGACGCCCCUGCAGUUACAACCCAUGUGGUUGCCCCUGCAGUUGCAGCACCUUGGGCUGCCCCGGCACUUGCAGCUCCUGUGGACGCACCUGAAGUUUCAACCCAUGUGGCAGCCCCUGCAGUUGCAGCCCCUGGGACAGCCCCUGCACUUGCAACCCAUGUGGCAGCCCCUGAAGUUACAACCCAUGUGGCAGCCCUUGCAGUUGCAACCCCUGUGGUAGCCACUACAGUUGCGGUGUCUGUGGCAGCCCCUUCAGUUGCAGCCCCUGUCGUGAAAGAAAAAGAAGCAAAGAAAGAAGCAGAACUAAAAGAAAAACAGCAACGUCAGGCAGAAAGAUUGCAGAAGAAACUUAAGAAAGACGAAGACAUGAGAGAAAAAAGACCAGACUUGAACAGAAACGAAAGGACAGAGAAGAUGCAAAUAAAAAGAGGAUUGCGCAGAAAAAACGAAAAGUACAAGGACAAGAGCGAGAUAUAG